AGCGGACAGCACCGGCCCGAGCGGAGCACCGCGCGUCCUCACUCGCGAGGCCAGACUUCUGACUGCGUCAGUGUGAGAGCCAUUGUUCCUGGUGGUGGUCCCUGAGCCAUGGAGGCACCUCUGCAGACGGAGAUGGUGGAGUUGGUACCCAACGGCAAACACUUGGAGGGGCUACUCCCAGUCACCACCCCCACGGGUGGCAACCAGAGGGUCGAGGGCCCCGGACGGAGCUGUGUUGAGGGCGAAGGCUUCCUACCAAAAAGUCCCAGCAAGGAGCCACACUUCACCGAUUUCGAGGGGAAAACAUCGUUCGGGAUGUCAGUGUUCAACCUCAGUAACGCCAUCAUGGGCAGUGGCAUCCUGGGGCUCGCCUACGCCAUGGCCAAUACGGGCAUCAUCCUUUUCCUGUUCCUGUUGACGGCCGUCGCCUUGCUCUCCAGCUACUCCAUCCACCUGCUACUCAAGUCCUCAGGGAUCGUGGGCAUCCGUGCCUAUGAGCAGCUGGGCUACCGUGCCUUUGGGACCCCAGGAAAGCUGGCGGCAGCCCUGGCCAUUGUGCUGCAGAACAUCGGAGCCAUGUCCAGCUACCUGUACAUCAUCAAGUCCGAGCUGCCCCUUGUCAUACAGACCUUCCUGAACCUGGAGGAGCGGACCUCGGACUGGUACAUGAAUGGAAACUACCUGGUGAUCCUGGUCUCUGUCAUUGUCAUUCUGCCUCUGGCACUGAUGCGGCAGCUUGGCUACCUAGGCUACUCCAGUGGCUUCUCUCUCAGCUGCAUGGUGUUCUUCCUAAUUGCAGUCAUCUACAAAAAGUUCCACGUGCCCUGCCCGCUGUCCCCCAGUUUAGCCAACAUGACAGGCAACUUCAGCCUCGUGGAGGUCAUCAAGGAAGAGGCAGGGCUGCAGGUCGAGACGGAAGCCGCAGCCUUCUGUACCCCGAGCUACUUCACCCUCAACACACAGACGGCAUACACAAUCCCCAUCAUGGCUUUCGCCUUUGUCUGCCACCCUGAGGUGCUGCCCAUCUAUACAGAGCUCAAGGACCCCUCCAAGAGGAAGAUGCAGCACAUCUCCAACCUGUCCAUCGCCGUCAUGUAUGUCAUGUACUUCCUGGCCGCCCUCUUCGGCUACCUCACCUUCUACGACAGGGUGGAGUCGGAGCUGCUGCACACCUACAACAAGGUGGACCCGUUUGAUGUGCUGAUCCUGUGUGUGCGCGUGGCCGUGCUGACGGCAGUCACACUCACAGUGCCAAUUGUUCUGUUUCCGGUGCGCCGCGCCCUCCAGCAGAUGCUGUUUCAGGACCGCGAGUUCAGCUGGUUGCGGCAUGUGCUCAUUGCUGUUGGCCUGCUCACUUGUAUCAACCUGCUGGUCAUCUUUGCCCCCAACAUCCUGGGCAUAUUUGGGGUCAUCGGUGCCACAUCUGCCCCAUGCCUCAUCUUCAUCUUCCCUGCCAUCUUCUACUUUCGCAUCAUGCCCACAGAGAAGGAACCUACAAGAUCUACCCCCAAAAUCCUGGCCCUUUGUUUUGCUGCACUUGGCCUCUUGCUGAUGACCAUGAGCUUGAGCUUCAUCAUUAUUGACUGGAGCUCGGGGACCAGUCGGCAUGGAGGAAGCCACUAGGAUGACCCCCAUCCUGUUCUGUCUACUCGUCCUCCUACCCCUUCCCAGACUCUUCAGCCCCUGCUCCCAUCCCGUGGCCAGUUGGAGGGGGAAGAGAAAGACGUGGUGAACACUAUGGCAUUUGGCCCUGCCCCAUGUCCUCUCUGUCGAAGUUUUUGUUAGAGCCACAGGACCAAGGCCCUUGGGCCACUACCCUGCUGAGCUCCUGGCCUACAGGGGCUUCCUGAGCUGGGAGCAGGGUGAGGCUGUACCCCUGCUCCCUUCCUGCUGCCUCAGGUCCCACCCAAGCCCCUUAUUCUCUUUGCACAAGUUCAUAGACUGAGGCCCAGCAGCUGCCCCCUAAGGUCACAUAGCCUGUAGGGGCACAAAGAGCUGAAUUAGGCCUGCAGUCAUCCCCCCACCUUGCUCCUGGGCCAUGGUCUGCUCCCUGGGGCUUCAUCUCCCUCAGCCCGCUUGCCUUUCCUCCUUCUGUCACCUAGGCCCCUUUCGUGGGCUCAGGCCCUUGGAUAAUCUGGUCCUCUUUCCCAUCCCCUCCAGCAGGAGCAGAACCCCCUCACCCUAUACUUGAGGGUGAGACUGGUGUGGACACCCCAAGGGACCCCUUCCCUGGUCUUUCACCAGUCCUGGGGAGGCUGGGACUCCCCCGACCCCAAGCCCAGGCCAUAGCUCACAUUCCACUGCUGGGAGAAGAAAGAAGCUGGGGCCCAGAACGUGUCUGCCCCUGGGAGCCAGAGACCCCAGGGGCCAGUCUGGGGCAGGGGUGGAGAGGCUGGCUGCCCCCUUUUAUAAAUAUUAUACAUAAGACCA